AUGAACACAGGGACAGGGAGUUAUCCGAUGGCUUCUCUCUACGUUGGCGACCUGCACCCCGACAUCACGGAGGCGAUGUUGUAUGAGAAAUUCAGCCCAGCCGGACCGGUGCUGUCCAUUCGGGUCUGCCGAGACAUGAUCACUCGGCGAUCCUUAGGCUACGCUUAUGUCAACUUCUCCCAGCCCGCUGAUGCUGAGCGAGCCUUGGACACCAUGAACUUUGAUGUGGUGAAAGGAAAACCAAUCAGAAUCAUGUGGUCCCAAAGAGAUCCCUCCCUCAGGAAAUCUGGAGUGGGCAACGUCUUUAUCAAGAACCUUGACAAGUCCAUUGAUAACAAAGCGCUGUAUGACACCUUCUCUGCCUUUGGAAACAUCUUGUCCUGCAAGGUGGUGUGUGAUGAAAAUGGCUCCAAGGGCUACGCUUUUGUUCACUUUGAGACCCAGGAUGCUGCCGACCGUGCCAUUGAGAAGAUGAACGGCAUGCUUUUGAAUGACCGCAAGGUGUUUGUAGGUCGCUUCAAGUCACGCAAGGAGCGGGAGGCUGAGCUUGGCGCCAAAGCCAAAGAGUUCACAAAUGUCUACAUUAAGAACUUUGGUGACGAUAUGGAUGAUGAGCACCUUAAGGAGCUUUUUGACAAAUAUGGCAAAACACUCAGUGUGAAGGUGAUGACAGAUCCUACUGGCAAAUCUAGAGGCUUUGGAUUUGUUAGUUAUGAGAAACAUGAAGAUGCUAACAAGGCUGUGGAGGAAAUGAACGGCACGGACCUCAACGGCAAGACUGUGUUUGUUGGACGAGCUCAGAAGAAAAUGGAGCGACAGGCAGAGCUAAAGCGCAAAUUUGAGAUGUUGAAACAAGAGAGAAUCAGCCGCUAUCAGGGUGUUAAUCUUUACAUCAAGAAUCUGGAUGACACCAUAGAUGAUGAAAAAUUGCGUAAGGAGUUUUCACCAUUCGGGUCCAUUACAAGUGCCAAGGUGAUGCUGGAGGAGGGUCGCUCCAAGGGCUUUGGCUUUGUUUGCUUCUCUUCCCCUGAGGAGGCCACCAAAGCAGUAACUGAGAUGAACGGACGCAUCGUUGGCUCCAAACCGCUCUACGUGGCUCUUGCUCAGCGCAAAGAGGAGCGUAAAGCCCAUCUCACCAAUCAGUACAUGCAACGUAUCGCUGGCAUGAGGGCCAUGCCGGCCAACGCCAUCAUUAAUCAGUUCCAACCUACCAGUGGCUAUUUUAUGCCAACCGUGCCACAGGCUCAAAAUAGAACCACAUACUACGCACCAAAUCAGAUGGCCCAAAUGCGACCAAAUCCCCGGUGGCAACAAGGUGGUAGGGGUCAAGGUGGUUUCCAGGGGAUGCCCAACUCACUGCGGCAGCCAGGUCCACGUACCAACCUAAGACACAUGUCUCCAAACAGCAACACGCAGGGCCCAAGAGGUUCUGGCCAGACCAUUGGUCCACGUCCUUCAAUGGGAGUACCAGGCCCGCGGGCCAUGCCGCCUUACAAAUAUGCCACUGGCGUGCGCAACCCUAAUCCCCAGGUUGUGCAACCUAUUGCCUUACAGCAGACUCAGCCAGCUGUGCAUGUUCAGGGUCAGGAGCCGUUGACAGCUUCCAUGCUGGCUUCUGCACCACCUCAGGAGCAGAAGCAGAUGCUGGGAGAACGUCUAUUCCCGCUUAUUCAGGCCAUGCAUGCCAACCUAGCGGGAAAGAUCACAGGCAUGCUGCUUGAAAUCGACAACUCGGAACUGCUACAUAUGCUGGAAUCUCAUGAAUCAUUGCGUUCAAAGGUGGAAGAAGCUGUUGCAGUACUUCAGGCCCACCAGGCAAAGAAAGAUGCCACGCAGAAAGUAGGCAGCAUGACCAAUACCGGUGCUGCUACCACAUCCUGA